AUGUCUCUGUACCGAAAUGCCGUCUGGUUUUUAAAUGGAAUCCACCAAUAUACAAGGAAGGGAUAUGAGGAAGCAUCUAAAGGCUUUGACCCCCAAGACCUGGACGUGUCUGUUGUGGGGAGGUCUUUUAUGAUCACUGGAGCCAACAGUGGCAUUGGCAGAGCCACAGCCAUGGCUAUAGCCAAAAAAGGUGGGACAGUCCACAUGGUGUGUAGGAACAAAGAUAAAGCAGAAGAGGCCCGGAUGGACAUUGUCAAUGAGUCUGGGAAUACGGAGGUACACAUCCAUAUCGUGGACAUGUCAGAGACACUCAAAGUCUGGGAGUUUGCAGAGGCCUUCAAGAAGCAGUAUCCAUCCUUGAAUGUGUUGAUAAACAAUGCAGGGUGUAUGGUGCACAAGAGGGAGCUCAAUGCAGAGGGACUGGAGAAGAACUUUGCCACCAACACUAUGGGGGUGUACAUCCUCACCCAGAGUCUCAUACCGCUUCUCCAGAAGAGCCGGGAUCCCAGGGUGAUCAUUGUGUCCUCAGGAGGAAUGCUGGUCCAGAAACUCAGAGUAGAUGACUUGCAGUCAGAGAGGGGCUACUUUGAUGGUGUCAUGGUCUAUGCCCAGAACAAGAGGCAGCAGGUGGUGCUGACACAACAGUGGGCCAAAGCCAACCCAGUCAUUCACUUUUCUUCGAUGCAUCCAGGCUGGGUAGACACACCAGCUGUUUCUAAAUCAAUGCCUCACUUCCACCAUAUGAUGGGGGAGAGGCUGCGCAGUGUAGAGCAAGGAGCUGACACUGUUGUGUGGUUGGCUUUGUCGAGAGCUGCUGCCAGAACAAGCAGCGGGAAGUUCUUUCAAGAUCGUAGUCCUGUUCCUGCCCACCUGCCUCUGGCCUGGACUCGCAGUUCUGCUGAAGAGAUUCAGAGUUUCAUGGCUCAACUGGAGACUCUUGCUGGAGUCAUUCAGUCGCAACCUGAUGCAGAGCUCAACAGUCCUUCCAAACCUCAAUUUGUCUGAAUUGUAAUUUAAUGUUACAUGGUGCGUCGUUGACCCA